UGGACGAUGCACCACUUUUUCACCUUAUACAAAGAACAUAAACCUACCGGCAUCUGUUGUCUAUCAUAUCAUUUUCCAUUGCUCUUGAAUUGUCAUUGUAAUUUAAGAGAGAAGAUAAACACUGUGAUUAGCUGAGCUGAGUGGAGUAGGGGAAUUGUAGGAAUGGCAGCUGAAGCUGUGCUUACUUUUGCUGCGAAGGGAAUACUGGAAAAGGUGCUUUCACUUGCUGAGAAACAAUUCUGUCUUGCAUGGGGUUUCAAAGCUGAACUUCGAAAGCUUAGAGAGUCAUUCACUACCAUUGAACUUUUAUUGAAUGAUGUUGCCCACAAACCACAAGCUCCGGCAAUAGAGGAAUGGGUGAAGAAACUCAAAGGCGUAGCUGAAGAUGCUGAGGAUGUCUUGGAUGAAUUCAAGUACGAAGUUGAUCGGCGUAAAGUCGAAAUCCAAAACCAUAUGAAGAGAAAGGUUCUGAACUUCUUUUCAAUCUCCAAUCCACUUGCAUUUCGUCUUCAAAUGGCGCGUAAAAUCCAGAAGAUCAAUGCAUCCUUGGUGGAUCUCAGGAGUGAAGCAUCUACUUUUGGACUAGUUUCCAGGAAUACAGAUGCAACCUCUCAGGGGAUUAGAUGGGAUAGACAAACCAACGCAUUCUUUGGCAAAGAUGAAAUACCCGUUGGAAGGAAAGCUGAUGUGUCAAAAAUAGUCACAACCUUGACCGACUCCAAAUACAAUCAAGAAAAUCUUGCGGUCAUGGCGAUUGUGGGUAUGGGAGGCCUCGGAAAAACAACAUUGGCCAAGUCAGUUUACAAUGAGGAUUCGAUACACAAGUUUUUUGAAAAAAAAAUUUGGAUUUGUGUAUCCGACGCUUUUGACGUCAAUUUCAUCCUACAUCAAAUGUCAGAACAGCUUAAUCGGGCAAAAGCCCCUUCUAAAGAUAAUCAGCAUACUCUGCUUUUGUCCCUUGAUGAAGAGUUGAAAGAUAAAAAAUACUUACUCGUACUUGAUGACGUUUGGAACAAAAAUUCCAAACUAUGGGAGAGUUUCAUGGAAUGUUUGGCAAAGCUUAGUUCUACUAAAGGCUCCAAAAUUAUUGUCACCACUCGCGAAGAUGAAGUCGCAUCAAUCUCAGAAAAGCUACUUCCGCGACAUGAAUUGGGAAAACUUUCUGUGGAUGAAUGUUGGUCCAUCAUGAAAAAUAGAGCUUUCACCAAUAACAUUGAUCCUAAGUUUGAUACAAUUGGAAGGGAGAUUGCUGAAAAUUGCGGUGGUGUUCCAUUGGUGGCAAAGGUUUUGGGAGGCAUUUUGCAAACUAAAAGAAGUAUUGAAGAAUGGUCAUCGUUGAAAAACAAUAAAAUAUGGAACAACCUAUUAAAAGAAGAAGAUAGUAGUAUUAUGCCAGUCCUGAGGUUGAGUUUUGACAAUUUAGAAUCAUCAUCAUUGAAGCAAUGUUUUGCAUAUUGCUCAAUAUUCGAGAAAGACUUAGAAAUUCAAAGAGACAACUUGAUUCAACUUUGGAUGGCUCAAGGACUACUCCGAGCUUCGCAUGACGAAAGUAAAGAUAUGGAGGACACAGGCAAUGAGUAUUUUGAUAUUCUAUUGCAGAGCUCCUUGUUUCAAGAUGCUAUGAUGGGUGACAAUGGCAUUGUUACCAAAUGCAAGAUGCAUGAUCUUGUGCACGAUUUGGCAGAACUUGUGUCCAAAUCUGAAAGCUUGAUGGGAGACUUAUGUGGCAGAGAUAAUACACUUGAGAUUCGACAUGUUGCUUGGGUUUCUACUUCUACACUGGAAAAUAUUUCAGCAAGAAGUGCUUGGAAAUUGCGGUCACUGUUUUCCAACAACAGUGAAGUUCCUGCUAACAUUCUUCCACGGUUCAAAGCUUUACGCGUCUUGAAUUUAUGGAAUGCUAAUAUUGAAGAACUUCCAGUUUCAGUUGGUAGGCUGAAACACUUAAGGUAUCUUGACAUUUCUAAAACAAGAUUCAAAGCACUCCCCAAAUCUCUAGGCAAGCUCUAUAACCUUCAGACAUUAAGAGCAGUGAAUUGUGCCCUUGAAGAGUUUCCGAAAGAACUGCAAAACUUGAUCAACCUGAGACAUAUCUAUUUUGAUGAGGAUAUCAAAUUCCCACAAGGGAUAGGACGGUUGACUUGCCUUCGAACAUUACCUUACUUUCCGGUGGGUAAUGAGAUUGGUCGUCGAAUUGAAGAGUUGGCUGGCUUGAAACAAUUGAAGGGUGAAUUAAUUGUUUGUAAUUUGAAGCACGUAAAGAAUGGAGAAGAAGCAAAGAAAGCUAAGUUAGAGGAUAAGACGAAAGUACGCCAUGUGAGCUUCAAUUGGACUGAAGAUAGGUCAACAACUAACAACAACGUGGAGGAAGAUGUCCUAGAAGGCCUUCGACCACAUCUUGAGUUGGAAAGCUUAAGUAUUGAAAACUUCAUGGGCGAUAAGUUUCCAACGUGGAUGAUGAGUGGGUUGCUCAACAACUUGAAGAAGAUUAAGUUAAGUGAAUGCAACAAAUGUAAAGUAGUCCCACCGCUCGGUCAUCUACCCAAUCUUACGGAGCUUAUUAUUGGAGGAAUGGCUAACUUGAAAUGUGUUGGAGCUGAGUUCUAUGGUUAUGAUCUUAUCCACAAUGUAGCCACGACAAGUGAGGAGAUAAUUACUUUAUUUCCAGCGCUAAAAGUAUUAUAUAUUUUUGAGUGUGGUGAUCUAAAUGAAUGGAAGCAAGCACCAACAAUGUCAAGAAAAAAAGUUGUGGUUUUUCCUUGUCUUGAGAAGUUGACCGUCAAAAAUUGUUGCAAAUUGAGAAAUGCUCCGAGUCAUUUUCCAUUUCUCCAAAAGUUGGAGAUGUCUUCUUGUGAUAGCAGAACACCAAUAGAAGAAAUGAGCAAUGGAUUAACAACUCUCACUUCUCUCGAAAUAAGUGGUAUUAAGGAGCUUACUUGUUUGCCGCCAGGGAUUUUGAAGAAGAAUAAUAAUCUCCAUUCUUUGGUUAUAAAGAAUUGCGAUGAUUUAACUUGUAUUACCCCAGAUGUAGUUGGUUCUUGCGGUUCUCUUAAAGGAUUAGUUAUUUCGAAUUGUAAAAACCUGAGGCAUUUGGCGUAUGGGCUAGACACCCUCCCUCUCCUUGAGGAACUGACUAUCAAGGGAUGUCCUAGUCUAGAGUUGAUUCAAAUUGAACAGGGCAUGGCCUAUUUACAGAAAUUAGAGAUUGAAUAUUGUGGACGAUUGUCACACCUACCGAGUGGGUUAAAGAAGUGCACCUCUCUCCAGAAAUUGAGAAUAUGGGAAUGCAAUGGAUUAUCAAGCCCAUUGAGUUUAUGGGCCUCUCUCGUGGAAGUGAGUAUAGAGAAUUGCAAUAAUCUCACAUCAAUUGAAAUUAAAGGCAGCGGGUCCCUCACCGACUCUCUUCAGAAAUUGACAAUCAUUGGGUGCCGUGAUUUAUCAAGCAUACAAUGUCCCUCUCUUCAGGAAUUGGAGAUAUAUAAUUGCCCAAAGCUAUCAUCGUUUGGUGUCAAAAGUAGCAGAGCUGAGAAGGAGGAGGAGUGCAUUAGCCUACAAUCUACUUCAGACUUGCGCACCAUGACCUCCCUUCGACUUCUGAGGAUUGUAAAUUGUGAAAGAUUAGGAAGUUGGGUGAGCAGCCUACAAUUCCCACUCUCUCUUGAGACUCUGUCAAUAGGGGAUAUGCCUAAUUUACACAUUCUUCCAAGUUUAGACCACCUCCAUUCUCUCCGUACUUUGGUGAUUUUAAAUUGGCGAAACCUAAAAUAUCUGCCAACGGGGCUACAGUGGCCCAAUGGCUUGGAGACAUUGACUAUCGGUGGGUUCUGGGAGGAGCUCGAUUCCUUCCCUGAUUUUGAAGUUGGAUCAUUAAUGCAUCUUACAAGCUUAGUCUUGUAUGGUUGGCCUAAGCUCAAGUCUCUGCCUCAACAAAUUCAACACCUCACUUCUCUAACAUAUUUGUGGAUAUCUUCAUUUGAGGGAGUGGAGACUUUGCCAGAAUGGUUGGGUAGCCUUACAUCCCUUACACACCUGAGGAUUUAUUAUUGCAAGAAUCUGAAGACUAUGCAACGCCUCACCAAAAUACAAUCUCUCCAUAUUAUUAGAUGCCAUCCCCUUCUAGAGGAAAGAUGCAGGAGGGACAGCGGCACAGAUUGGCCUAAGAUUUCUCACAUUCCAGAUUUCAGAAUUUGGGGCGGAGACAACUAGUAUAAGCAUACCUGUUCUUCCACAACAAUGUCCAUCUCUUCAGGAAUUGUGGAUAAGAGGAUGCGCAAAGCUAUUAUCGUUUGGUGUCAAAAGUAGCACAUAUUGGCCUAAGAUUUCUCACAUUCCAAACUUCAGAAUAUUCUGAGACAAUACUUGGAUUGAAAUUACGCAACUGGAACGAUGUAGUGCAGUAGGUACAAGCAGAGUCCAGAAUUGGGAUUUCUAUCAAAACGCAUGCAUGGAUCAAUCUCAUUUUUCAACUUCAACCAUGUUUCCUUAUCAUCAAAUCUUAAUUUGGAUACAAAUUGAAGCUUGGGCUUCCUAGCAUCCUUUGUGCCCUGCAUUGGUUCGGAAGGAGAGUGCAAGAAGCAGCCAGCUGUUGAAUAGAGGGAGAGCUUGAGAUUGGAAGUGAAAAAACCUUUUUGUGUUGUGGUGGAGGACAUCAGCAUAGGCUUUGCAGCAGCCAAAGCUGAAAUGAAGUGUAUCAUAACCAAAAUGGCAUCUAUAUUUCUUUUGGCAUGCUGUGGUGUUUUUCAGGAUGCUCAGUAAGUGCAAACUUGGUCCAGAAAUUGGGUAAAGAACAUCAGAUGCAAUGCUAAGUUAGGGAUUUUAUAAUUUGGCAAAUUUAAGAAAUCGUGGAAAGGUCUACAAACCCGAAAUGGAUAAACUUCACCUUCGGUGGGUUCUGGGAGGAGCUCAAUUCCAUUCCUGAUGUUCAAGGUUGAUCAUGGUAGCUUGAAUCGUUACAUUUUAAAGGGUGGCCAAAGCUCAAGUCUCUGUCCCAUCAAAUUAAACACUUCACUUCUUUAACUGCUUUAUGUAUCAACCACUUGAGGGAGUGGAGGCUUAACACUUCACUUCUUACAAAGACUUGUUGGGUGACCUAACAUCCCUUAUCGAGCUGGGAUUAGGAACUAUAAGAAUUUGAUGAAUCAACCCUCUGCCAAAGUUAUGCAAUGCGUCCGCAGUUUACUGUCGCAGUGAAUUAAGCAAUGCAUAUUUAACUCUUUUAGCAUCCCUUGGCAUUUUUCAUGACGCUCUUACUCAACUGGAACAAUGUAGUGCGGUAGGUGCAAACGGAGUCCAGCAGAACAUUCAAGAUUUUGGGACUUUUUGGGGGAUUCAGUGAAAAUUAUCGAGAGUGAUAUUGUUAUUGAGAGAUUUGAAUUCAGUUCACUUUUCUCUGUGAUUGAAACCUCGAGUAACUUGACGAACAGAGUGUACCCACACUAUUGAUUAGAAUUGGGAUUUCAACCAAAACUCAUGCGUGGAUCAGUAUCAUUCUUCAACUUCAAUCAUGUUUCCUUAGCAUCAAAUCUUAAUUUGGAUAGAAAUUGAAGCUUGGGCUUCCUGGCGUCCUUUGUGCCCUGCAUUACUGUGAAAGGAGAGUGCAAGAAGCAGCCAGCUGUUGAAUGGAGGGAGAGCUUGAGAUUUGAAACAACUAUUUUACUACCCUAAUU